UUGUACUGGUGGAUUUACCUAUGUUUAUGUUUGUCUUUAAGUUUUAUCUGCAGGAGCAUGGAGAUUUUCUCAGGUGACAACUUGACCAUCCAUGCUAACACUAGCCAUGAAACAGUAGGACAAGAAGGCACCAAAGGCCAAGGACUAAACAACAGUGACCCCUUAGACAUGUUCGUGGGCAUGGAGCUUCUCCUGCGGUUCCGGGCUCUUUUUCUGCCUCUCUACUGCCUUGUAGUCGUUGUUGCCGGAGUUGGAAACUCCUUCCUGUUGGCUUGCAUAUUGGCUGACAAGAAACUCCACAAUGCCACCAACUUUUUCAUCGGUAAUUUAGCAGCUGGGGACCUGCUGAUGUGUUUGAGUUGUAUUCCGCUGACUGUGUCGUAUGCCUUCGACAGCCAUGGCUGGGCUUUUGGAAGACCUCUCUGCCACUUAGUCCCCUUGCUGCAAUGCGCCACAGUGUUCGCCUCAGUGCUCUCACUCACAGCCAUUGCUGUGGACCGCUACAUUGUUGUAGCUCACCCAGUACGGAGAAGAAUCUCUGUGUGGGGUUGUGGUGCAGUGACUUUGGGUGUCUGGCUCUUAUCUCUCACCCUGGCCGCACCUCCAUCUCUUUACACUCGCUACCUUGAUCUGCGGCCCAGUGGCAUUGACCUGGUGGUGUGUGAGGAAUUCUGGCCCAACAGCGGCAAUCUACGCUUUCUCUACUCCUGCUUCAUUCUCACCACCUCCUAUAUGAUCCCCCUGCUGUCUGUCAGCAUAUCUUACUGUGCCAUCACCGUCAGCCUCAGACGCUACUCAGUCCCCGGUGAGCCGUCCAGCAGUCAGCAACGCUGGAGUCAAAGGAGGAGGAAGACCUUCUCUCUGCUGGUGGCCUCCGUGCUGGCUUUCGCCCUUUGCUGGCUACCUCUGCAGGUGCUGAACCUGUUACUGGAUCUGGAUCCGAAUUUCCUCAUCAUAGGGAAGCGCUAUAUAAAUGUCUUACAAGUCUGUUGUCAUUUAGUGGCAAUGAGCUCUGCAUGUUACAACCCAUUCAUUUACGCCUCACUGCACAGUAAGGUGCGCAUGCACCUGAAAGGCUACUUCUGCCCAUGCCGCAACCGCCAGAGGGGAAUGGUGGAGGGAGUGACAUCAAGGAGCUGA